CCGGGGCACCGGCGGUCGGGUGGGCUCGGGCUGAUGCUCCCCGGUACCCGGGCAGGGCAGCACCCUGCGGAGAGGACGGGGUGAAUUUGGGGAGCAAACAGCCCCCGAUUCACCGCCGAUGUUGUCCCAGCCUGGUUUCCGUGGCCGGGAGCCCCGUGACUGUGCUGGGGUCGGGCUGUGUCCGGGACACGGAGUCGGCCCGAGCCACCGGAUCCAACAGCUGCUGCCCUGAACCAGCCUGAGCCCGAGCCGCUGCUCCUGCUGGCCUUGGGCAAGCGCCAAACUGAGCCGGAGAGCCGGAGCCGGAGCCAGCCCGGCCGUCAGGACCCUCCCGAUGUGCCACCACGUGCGGUCCCCCCGCUGUCCCCUUGGCUCAGUGCGAAUCCAUCCUUGACCCCCCAGCAGCUGAGCACAGCCACGAUAAAAACAUCCGAGAGUUAAUGAGGGAGCUAAUUGACUUUAUCCCUGCCCGCUAAUCAGCGUCCAGCUCCGUGUCCCCGGCAGGGCUCGGAUCGAGCUCCGCAGCCCCGGGAACGCCGCUCCCGUCUCUCUCGGAGGAGCUCGGACUCUGCUCUUCCCAGCGCCGGGCUGGCGGCUGCCCGAGCCCUGCGCGGGGCUGUGAGCUGUUGGAGGGGUGAAAAGCCCCUCACGGUGUGAGAAGAAGGCCCGACACCCAGCUGGGACCUGGCCCCACGCUUCUCCAGGGCCCUGAGCUGAUGGGAGCGGGAGAGGGCAGAGCCCGAAACCCUUCCCUGUGCAGGGCAGAGCAAAGAAAUGCAGGACGUGGCUGUGAGACUUGAGAGCGCCCUCAGCCAGGGUGAAACGCUGUUGGCGCUGAGAGGUGCUCAGUAAAAGGUCUUUGUCCUACAGAGGUGCUCGGCUCAUCCCCAAUCACCAUCGUGGUCACGUCCGAGGCUGACACCUGGGACAUCGACACCUCCUCCCUGGGCCUGGGCUGCGGGCCCUUCGUGGACUGGGACAAGAUGCCGGAGCCGCAGCAGCCGGCGCAGAUCCCGUGGGACGUCCUGGGCAGGCCCCCGAAGGAGCUGAAGAGGCUGGCGAGGGAAGGCUGCUGGGGCUGGAGCCACGCGGGCCGGGCCCGGCUCUACCCCCGGCUCAUCCAGCAGGUCUCCUGCCGCCUCGUCACCCCCGACGCGCUCGUCUACAGGGACGUGGCCGCCCGGCUCUUCGGGAAGCCCAGCGUGAGCUCCCACCCCCUGCCCGAGUUCCUGGAGGGCUGCCCCGUGCCCACCUACUGCCUCAGCCCGCGGGGGGUCACCGCCCUGAAGAAGAUCCUCAUCUGCGUGGGCGCCCUGUUCCCCGACAUCACCCACAGCCCCCUCCUGCCGGCCCUGGCCGCGCUGCUGCUGCACUACAGCGAGGACGAGGCCCAGUGCUUCGAGAGCGUCUCGCGCCUCAUCGCCAGCAACGCUCCCCACGCCGCCUACAUCGACCAGUCCUUCCUGGCCCACCAGGCCUCCUGCAUGACCUUCGGGGACCUGGCCAGCAAGCACUGCCCGGCAGCUCACAAGCUCAUCGCCGGCGCCGCCGAGAACGUCCUCGAGGUCUACUCGGAGUGGCUGUCGUGGCUCUUCCCCGGGCUGCCCUUCGGCUACGCCGUGCGCGUGCUGGACGUGUUCCUGCUGGAGGGCCAGAAGGUCCUGUACCGCAUCGCCCUGGCCCUGCUGAGGCAGUUCAGGCUCUCGGUGGCCCCGGCCGGGCUGCAGGGCUCUGACAUCAAGGCAGAGCUGCAGGCUUUCGCCAGGAACAUCGCCGAGCACGUGACUGUGGACAAACUCCUGGAGAGAGCCUUUGGCAUCCGUCUCUUCUCCCGCAAGGAGAUCUGGCUUCUCCAGAUGGCCAACAGGAAGGCCUUGGUGGAGAGGGGCAUCACCGUGGUGCAGAGAAGGCCGUCCUUCCACCUGGCUGUGGACAUGCAGAACUUCAGCUCCAGCAUCGUCACGGCGCAGGAGAUGCGCCUCGUCUGGUCCUGGAUCCCCGAGCGCUUCUCGCUCUUCCCCCCGCUGCUGCUCUUCUCCACCUCCGAGGACGGCUGCAGCCUGCAGAGGUUCUACACGUGCUGUGAGGGCUACGAACCCACGGUGCUGCUCAUCAAAACCACCGAGGGGGAGGUGUGUGGGGCGUUUCUCUCCUCCGACUGGAGCGAAAGGAAGAAGAGCGGAGCCACAUCGGGCUUUUUUGGGACAGGGGAGUGCUUUGUGUUCACUGUGCGCCCCGAGGCAGAGAGGUACGAGUGGGUGCUCAUCAAGAAGCCGGAGCUGGCCAAGGCCGUGCCGCGCUCCCGGCAGCGCUCGCCUUCCCCCGCUCCCGAAUCCCCGCUCGGCUCCUCCGGGGACAGCCCCAGCCCCAGCCCCAAGCACCUCGCCGUGCCCUCGCCGCAGAGGAGAGCCCGCCUGUCCCCGUUCCUGGCCAUCAGACACUUCCUCCUGCCCUCCAAAACUGCCUCCAUGUUCAUGGCCGGCUCCCGGGACGGGAUCGUCAUCGGUAAGGGCGGGUCGAGAUCGGUGAAAGGGAUCGCUAUCGGUAAGGGGGAUCGAUAUCGGGAUUGAUACCAGUAAAAGGGAUCGAUAUCGAUAAUGGAGGAUCGAUAUCGAUAAGGGGGUCGCUAUCGGUAGAAGGGAUCGAUAUCGAUAAGGGGGUCGCUAUCGGUAGAAGGGAUCGAUAUCGAUAAGGGGGUCGCUAUCGGUAACUCCCCGGGGUGGCACCCCCCGCCCGCCGCUGCCUCGCUGGGAAGGAAGGGCCCGCUCCGGGUUAAACCCCGAGCGUUCCCCGAAGAGCUCCCGGCUCUGUCGGGUUAAAGUCCGGGGGGCGAGGGCAGCUCCCCUUUCUCCAGUGCAGGGAGCUCCUGCCGAGAGCACCCAGGGGAGCCCCACGGCCCCAAAGCCCGGCGAGGCUCGCGGCCCGGGGCUGGCGCGUCCCUUCUCGGCCCUUCCCUCGCCCCGGGCGGGGAGAGGAGCCGGGGCUGGGCUCGGCCCGAGGAAGGGCCCCGAGGCUCGGGUCUCUGUGUCCCGGGGCCGGGGGGGCCGGCAGAGGAGCCGCAGUGGGUCAGGAAGGCCCGCAGGAACAGCCCGAGCCCCUUCCAGCCCCGGCAGCGGGCUCAGGACGGGACAAGGGCCGG